UGUAUUCUUAUUAUUAUUGUGCUAUUGCCUUUGCAAUCGUUUGCUGCUACAUCGAAUUUGGCUCCGCCGUAUUUAUAUACAACUGUAGGCAAUUUUUAAUAAAUUGAUCGUUUUGUUUUUUCGGGCUAGCGCGGAUUUUCUUACUUCUGCCCAUGUCGAUCUGGACGGUUUGAUUUUUUUAAUGCUUGGCGCUUCAUUUGAUGAGCACGGAUUUAAACAAGUUUGAUUCCUUGAAGUGAAAACAUUGUGUAUUUACUUAACAAGUGAAAAAAAGAAAAAGAAAAUUAAUUAUCAACAAGAAAAAUAUAAAAAGAAUAAAAAUAUAAGAAAAUGAAAACUUAAAGUUGAAUGAUAAAAAGGAAGAAAGUUUAUCAAAAAAAUUGAAUAAAAUAUUUGAAAGAGAAAAGUUUUUGAAUUGUGCAAAUAUUAAAAAAUAAAUAAAAACUGAACAAAUGAAAAUGUCAACACACGAAGACGACGAUUCAAACCACGACCAAGAAGAAAUAAAUGUGGAUGAUGUAGAUUCAGAUUCAAGGAUUUCUUACAACAGCAAUACGUCAGACGUUGAUUUAGAUGGCAACGGGAGUUGCUACGAUGACUCAGAGACUGCUAUAAGUGAUCAUCACAUAAGAGCCGCUCAAACUCGAUCGUCAAGUGAGAAUCUUCCAUUUAGUAUAUCACGACUGUUAUCAAAAUCUUAUAAUAAUAGUAGCAUUAAUAAUAACAACAAUAAUGACACGAGUGAUAGAAAAAGUGUAGAGAAAGAUUUAAGUGAUUCAGAAAGUGGAAAAGUGAGUUUUAGUAGUGCCGGACUUCAGUAUACAGCAACUGGUGGUCUCUAUUCUUAUCCAAUUUACACAUCGGGUGGUGUUCUUCGCGUCCCACCCCAACGCGGCUACAAUCCUUUAGCACUUCAUCAUGCAUUUCCGCUGCAUCCGGCGGCGGCUUUGGCUGUAAAAGAUAGACUUGCUGUCUCAAAUGGCUUUUGUUUUCCUUCAGCCUUUCCAAUCGCUCGUCGCAUUGGUCAUCCAUAUCAAAAUCGAACUCCACCGAAGCGGAAAAAACCUCGAACAUCUUUCACGAGAAUCCAAGUGGCGGAAUUGGAGAAGCGAUUUCAUAAACAAAAAUAUCUUGCAUCAGCCGAGAGAGCCGCUUUAGCAAGGGGACUCAAAAUGACAGAUGCACAGGUCAAAACAUGGUUUCAGAAUCGAAGGACAAAAUGGAGAAGACAAACAGCUGAGGAACGAGAAGCUGAAAGACAGGCGGCAAAUCGAUUGAUGUUGUCAUUGCAAGCUGAAGCGCUCAGCAAGGGUUUUGGCCCCCCCCCCCCGCCUAUGGCAAACGGUAAUGGUGCACCAUUAGCAGCUUUACACGGCUUACAACCUUGGGCACCAUCUGGAACACCUGAAGCACACGCUGCAAACUGCUGAACCGUUCAAAAUUGCGUGCAAAAUUUCCUUUCAUUUUGUAUCAUAAAUGAGCAAAAAAUAUGUUCGUCAGAUGGUUGAUAAUCUUUGUCUCAUAAUAACAAAUUAAAUAAGUGCAAGCAACUUUUCAUUCAUAUUAAUUUUCCUUUUUAAAUUUAAAUCUUAAUUAUCAAAUUCAACACGAGUUGAAGCAACA